AUGGUAGAUGACCAGAUAACCCGAGAGGUAAUCAUCCAAAUAUACCAUCUCGGUUUUUCUCAGAGGAUAGAUAUAGGAUGUAAUACUGGUUUCAAGAGUGAUGUAUUGGUUUCUCAAUCGAACACCGAAUACAACAUUGACAAGUAUGCCUUGAUUGUAGCCGAUCAAAUAUUGACUCAAUUAAGCACCCUCAAAAAAACGAAAAUUCUCACCAAUGAUGUCGAUAGCUUUGAGACUCAACUUGUUUCUCUGACUGGUAUGGUUCAAAGGGACGAUCUACGACGUUGGUUUACACUGCUUUCGACGUUCAAGGAAGAAAUGAAGGACAUGUCUUGGACAUGGAGUGGCAUCUUUGAUGUGAUUCAAACGUUGAUGGAAAGGAUACUCCAACUUCGAGAAGGUGACAAUGAUCUCCGUGAAAGAAUAAUGCAAUUGAAGAAGAAUGAACCAUCCAACAUGGAAUCCAAUUCCUCACUUUCCAAACUAUAUCUAGUUACCUCUGCACUGGCACUAUCGACUCUUGAUCAACCAACAGCCCAAGAUACGGAAUCUUUAAAAGAAGCCUGUAAUCAAAUUCUGAACAUGGAAACACUUUUACAACCUGCCGAUAUAACUUUUAUCAGUAUGGUAAUGUUUGACAUGGCACUCAAAACCAAAGAUUCCACUUUUUUACAAGAUUCUUUUAUUCUGGCUACCUAUGCCAAUACUAUUGACCCUGUUGGAUCAGAAUCAUUAAUGGUCAGGAUUGGUGAGCACAUUAUCGAUCACUACUCAUCAUUCCCGUGGUAUCUAUCUCAUCAAUUUGUGGAGUUUGUUUGCCGAAGAAUAUCUACAUGUAACAUGGGCUCCCCCAGAUUUGCCAUCAAAUAUUGUGAUUUAUUAUUGCACAACAUUGCAGAGAGUAGAAGAGAUCCAAUCCUCUCAAAUACUUUCGAAUACACAGAAGACCUUAAACGUGUGUUAGAAAAGGGAUUUGAGACGAAGUACUUUAAAGAAGAUAUCGAAAGAUUUAAACAAACCAAAGAUCUUCAUCACAUCUAUAAGGCCUUGAAUUCGGUGUACAAUACGUCUCAAGACACAUUUACAGUCAAUCGCGCUCACAAACUUGCAGAGAUUGUCAAAGUAGUGAAACAGGCAAAUGAAAAGAUGGAUAGCAUUGAGAUAUUUAUCAUCUUGUUAAACAGUGUUCAUAAGAAAUAG